UUUCCACAUACAUUAUCUUUUCUGGGCUACAGGCAAGCUGAUAAGAAUGGCGGUAACGAUGAAGCAAAUGGCUCUGCUGGUAGCAUUCCUUGGGGCACUCUCCUUCAUCCUUGGGGUUGUUGCUGAAAACAAGAAGCCUCCAUCUGGAACUCCGAUAACAGGGAAGGGCGUUGUGAUCUGCAAAUACCCGUCGGAUCCAUCUGUGGCGUUGGGAUAUGCAUCCUUUGCAUUCCUUGUUGUCUGCAUGUUUGCUGGUUGGUAUUCUCUAUUUUACCCCUACAAAGGAAAGCACGUUCCUAAGGCAGCACUAUUCCAAAACAAAGGCUUCCUUGCCUUCUUCGGUGUUGCUCUGUCGACGGCUGUAUUAGCUAUUGUGAUGUUGUUGUGGCCUACAAUCACAGAGCAGCUUCACCACACAAACAAUGUUCAUCACAAUUUGGAAACCUCAUGCCCUACGGCCAAGACUGGACUUCUUGGUGGAGGAGCUUUUCUAUCUCUCGACUCGUGCCUCUUCUUUUUGGUCGCGUUGAUGUUGGCUGACAACGCUCGUGCCGACUACUUCGACGAAUCAGAUGACAAAGUUGCAGGAGGUUAUGAAGCUGAGGCAAUCAAGGGCAGUGCCUGAUAAGCUAGCAGGCUUAAUCUUAUAACUUGCUAUUGUCUUUUCUUCAUUUUCUUGCCAAUGGAUAAUAUAUAUAUAUAAACUCUCUCUCUCUCUCUCUCUCUCUCUGCAGCCUGUAAGUAUUCACUCCGUUGGUGCACAUUACCCUCAUUUUAAAGUCAAAUUAUUAAAUGGUAA